AUGAUACGAGCUGCUGCUUGUGAUCGAAAUAUUGUGAACCGGACGAAACGACUUGAUGAGAUUGGAAAUAUGACAGAGGGUGGAACAUUAUUGUCAAGUCAAGGUCAUAGUGUGCUACAAUUAUUGAGUAAAUGUGAACCACAUGAUGACGAGAUGAAGCUUUGGAUGAAGUUUGUGGAGCUUUCGCAUACGUUGGAUACUCGAGAUUUUUAUUCACGAAGUGAUCGAGCUUUUGUGGAUGAAGCAAGCCAAAUUAUUUCCUUGCAGCAAGCUGAGCUAAGUGCAGUGCGAGGAGUGAAUGGUGGAUAUGCUGGUGUGGAGGUGAAAGAAAGACAGAUAUUGACAUCAAAUAAGCUUUGGGAUCUUACAAAGAUGUUAGUGGAGUUGAUUAAAACAAAGACAGACGGAGGUGGUGUCCCGUAUGAUCAUUGCCUAGAUCCUGAUACAACUACAUUGCGUGUAAAUGUUGUGGAUAACAUAGUGGACUUGGAGUCGCUUUUGAGAGCAAAAGGAAUUACUGGUCUACGCUGCGGCUCCUCUGAUCCUGUUCUUGAUGAUGAAGAUGCGUCGCUAUCUGCCAUUGAACUGCUCUCAAGUUCUUGCACCUCACCAGAUGGACUAGAAGUCAUUUCGAGUGACAUGCUUGAAAAGGCUUUUGAUGAGUUGUCCGCGAUAAAGCAACUCGGUGUUAUCUCAAUUCAAGCGUCGUUCCUUCUUGGUUUGCAGAUGCGUCUCAAAGUCUGUUUCCUAGAUCGCUUCGAGUCCGCAAAAGACGAAUUCGAGCGAAGAAUUAGACGCGUGUUCAACUGCCUUACGGACAAAGCCCACGAUACGGAGCAUGUAGCAUCGUUGGUGAUUCUGUCUGCAUUUUGUCCCAGCCAAGUCAUUCGACAGCUUCUUCUCGGCGCUCGAGCAGACGUAUUACAUCACAGUUUGUACGUAGAGGUGCUUCGUGCAUCUCCCUUGCUACUAAAUUGGACUAAAGAUGCUGAAUACGGAAGCGAGACUGUGCUGGAAUGUGAUUUGCAGCAGGCUGUGCUUGAUGUCUCCAGCACCCAAAGCAAUUUUGACCGAGAAAGUCAGAAUAUGAUGUCAUUUCUUCUGUCCGUUGUAGGGAUCCCUACAAGCUCUUCCUCAAAACGAGAAGCUCCGGUGAUGACUAUCAACAACCUACUCGAUAAAGUGAUAAAUCCUGUAUGCUGUGCCACCGGUCUAAGCAUUUCGCCGCACCUCUAUUUGUACACAUUCAUCCAGCAAUUAUUCCAACACUUCGUGACGCUAGAUAUGUGUCGAGAUCUCGAUCAUACCAGCUUGGAGUGCUCGUUCAACCUAAUUUCGGGAGCACUGUGCUCUUUCAAUGCUAGUGACUUGCGAUUAGGAGUCCUCGUUCGAGAGAGAUUGCUCCUUUUACUGAAGAAUAUCAUGGAGUUGAUGCCUGAUCCCGCGUCUGUGAUCAUGGUGAAGCAGCUAGACACACCGCUCAAUCCAUCACUGUGGACACUAUUGAUUAUUUUUGACAGUGAUUUGAUUAGCGAUGAAUUCUGCAAAGGUUUGGAAGAUGUUGCAUUAGUGGAAAGUUUCAUGCAGAGAAAACCAACUGGAGAUUUACAAUUGGUCUUGCCACUACCAACUGUCAUUUCAGCAAUUCAAGUAUUGCUCUGGGGAUUACUCUGGGAUACAACACUACCUGUAAAACUGAAAGUAAAGUCCACGAAGGCUGAAGCGUGGAGUCUUGUGGAUAGCAUUGCUUGGUAUGAGUUUCUGGGGUCAGAGUCUACAGAUGAGACAACCGCGGGUGCUCUUUUGAUCCGAUCUGCAAUCGCAGAAAUCAUGCUCGAGUGCGGUAGUGACCUCUUCCAAGCACUACUCAGCAAAAUUAUUCCCUACCUGCUGGAGUACGAGUCGGAAACUUCUGCAGAAGAUAGACUUGUACAACCAAAGUGGGCAGCUGUCAAGUUGUCGAAGCUGCCAGAAAUGGAGCAGCAAAUUUCGUGUGGGUUCGUUUCGACCCACUCAAUAAUGCGCUACGUUGCAAAAUGCUGGGGUCUCUCGGCUGCUGUCAACAUCCAGCUAGCUACGCAAGAAAAUGUGCUAUUGCUACAUUCUCUCAGCCAUGUCCUAGCUGCUUACGACCCAGCUAUCACAUCAUCGCAAGGAUCACUAUCAGGAACUUUGUUUUGCAUUCAAUGGUUGUGUUUCUUGGCGUCUACUACACACGACAUGCAUUUGGACAAGAUGUUGGCAUGGCCCACCGUUCGGACACAGUUAGAGCUGUUGCUGCUUCGUUUAUUGCACCAGCUAGAGCAACUGAAAGAAAUCUCUACGAGCGAAGCAAGAUUCAGCCAGUAUUUUGUAGCGGCAUGGCUGGCCUACCUGCCUGCUGGUCAGUUUGAUCAGGUAUUCAACUUUGUAGCGAGUAGAACAAGGACCUAA